AACACAUCCACCCCGUCGAAACCAUUCUAUUCAUAGUAUCAGCAGUUGCGAUGUGAAGAUUGUUACGUUGUAAUUUCAAAAAGGCGGAGGAUUUAUCUUUAUUUGCUCAUUUACUCUUAAGGACACAUCCGGUAUUUAUUCAGAACAUGACUACCCUUACGUAAAUGAUACUGGGAUGUCGAUGAGGUAUUGGGAUAUUUGCACAGUUGGCAAAUUAUCCAACCCAUCACUGGUGUAGCUGUUAACAUGGCAACCAGUGCGGUCCCUAGCGACAACCUCCCCACAUAUAAAUUGGUGGUUGUGGGAGAUGGAGGCGUGGGAAAGAGUGCUCUCACCAUCCAGUUUUUCCAGAAGAUUUUUGUGCCAGAUUAUGAUCCUACUAUUGAAGACUCCUACUUGAAACACACAGAGAUCGAUGGCCAGUGGGCUAUUUUGGACGUUCUAGACACAGCGGGUCAAGAGGAAUUCAGUGCCAUGCGAGAGCAAUACAUGAGGACCGGUGAUGGUUUCCUCAUUGUGUUCUCUGUGACGGACAAGGCCAGUUUUGAACAUGUCGAUCGAUUUCACCAGCUCAUCCUACGAGUGAAAGACCGUGAGUCAUUUCCAAUAGUUUUGGUGGCUAACAAAGUUGACCUGGUUCAUCUGAGGAAAGUGACAAAUGAACAGGGCUGUGAGAUGGCUGCCAAACACAACAUUAUAUACAUUGAAACAAGUGCCAAGGAUCCCCCGAUGAAUGUGGACAGAGCAUUUCAUGAAUUGGUCAGAGUAAUCAGACAACACAUUCCAGAGCGAAGUCUAAAAAAGAAGAAGAAGAUGAAAUGGCGUGGAGAGAGAGCCAUGAGUUCUCACAAACUUCACUGUGUAAUGUUGUGACUACCUCUCCUGUUAAGAUCAUCAUUAGCGUUUGGCAUGAUAAACUGCCGGACUGACAAGAGAUCUGCACUAAUUGGAGGACCACAGACUUUGAGUAUCCAAAUCAAUGACAUGAGGUCAGACAAUCUCUUCACGUCUCAGGGAGGCGUACCGUACCUGUGUUCACCCGGGCCGAUGGGGAGCUGAAAGAAAAAAUGUACAGACACUGUGUCCUAACCAGCUGCGAUGUGUCAAGCUCAUCAACAUGAAGAACAAAAUCACAUCCAGUCAAUGCUUGGUUGAUGUGUAAUAUACUGGAUUUUGGACCAUUCACUAUGGGCGAGGAUUCCCAGCGAGACACAUCAAUAGCAAAAUGCAACCAAAUAAAAGUUGCGGUUGUUCCAGUCACUCAAACAAUACUUGGUCGCUAGUAUGUUCUGGAUUUUAAACUAUAUCAGGAAGGAUCACAUGACCACUGUCUUCAUUUUCAUUGGUAGUUGGCUACAAAUUUGGCUAAAGUAAUAUCAACUUGGUUGUAUCUCCACAAAUGUUAAAUAAGCUUCUGAAUGCUAACUUUCUUAAAAACAAAAACAAAUGACAUCCAUCUGGGAAACACUGUUGUUGUUAAUACACAUCAUCGCUUCAUCAUGCAAGUGGUUAGGACAUAGUGUAAGAUUUUGCACAUUAAACAUUUAAAAUUAUGAUAAGAUCACACAAUAAGUGAUCGAUUUGAAAUGCUGGUUCUUACUUCAGGGUGUAAGCAUAGCAAGAGCCCAACAAAAAACUGUGUGCCUGAAGUUUCCUAACAUCUAAAUAUAUGAAUGAUGGUUUUGCUGGACAUUGUGUUUGCAGUAUACAGGGAUUAUUGGAAGUCUGCCUUACUAAUGAAUAUUUAUUGCCAUGUUUGAAGGAAUCUGUAGCAGGAGUGUAGUUGUAGUCGAGCUUGUUUAUGAUAAUGACACUUUAGGUGUCAUGGGAAAGUUUGAAAUAUCUCCAGUAUGGCCUUUACUGUUAAGCACAAACAGUACUAACACAAAUGAAGGACUCAUUGCACUGGCACAUAAGUGCAUUUGGCGCCUUUCUUGUUAUUUACUCAUGGGGUAGUUUGUGAUUUUGUUAAAAACCCAUUAAUGUUUGGGAUUUAUUUGUUGCACACUUAAAGGUGCCGUAAGCAUUUUAUUUUGUGAUGCACAAUAAAAUAUCUGUAAUACAAAGAUGUCUUUCCAAGAAAUCAGACCUGUCUCUGUUACAGCCCUAGACUUCACAAAAGCAUCAGAGGACAACCCUAUAUUUUUUUAUAGUCAAUUAGUGGUGCUCCCUGUCUGUGAAAUGCUUUGUGCCGAGAGCACGCAUAGUCUCAAGCCUUUUAAUGGUGAAUUCUGCUGUAACUUCAAAGCCAACAAACAGGGAAAAAAAUCAACACCCGCCUCAAAAAAUAUAAUGGGAUUUAUGAUGUAGCUUGAAAAAAAUACAUGCAAUCUUUUGUAUUUCUUUUGAAAGCUGCUUUGAUACCAGCAAGUGCUAAUUGGAUAACAGUUUUCUAACCAAAUGGAAAUUGUGUAUUGCACCUACAACUGCUUUUAUUGUAUACAGUAUAUCUGAAGGUUAGAGAGAUGUCUGAUACAAAAUUGAUGGAUAGGCUGAUAGAUGGGGGAUUUUUAUGCCUGAUCAACCUUCAUUAUUCAGCAGGCUUUUAAACCUCAUGCCUCUGUUUCCUCCUCAUUGGACCAUUUAAUGUGCCUGUGCCAAUGUGAUAAAUAGUCUCAUACUGUAGCUAUAGAUUCUUCUAACCUCGUUCCUCAAAGACAAAUCAAUGAAAUUGAUCCCAUCUGCAGUUAAAAGCAUGAGGGACCUUUACGCCAAAUUAUGUUGUGAUGUGCACUACAGCUUAAUGUACAGGCGACAAUGUAUCUUGACUUUUUGGUUAAGUUGGGUUGUGUUUGGUUGGGAUUUAUUAUAGUAUUAGGUUUCAGCCAGGAAGUUUAACAUACCCAGAUCCUCUGUUACAGUUUAACUGUGGACAUAUGUCUGAUUAUGAAUGAAUUUGCACAUUUUACUUGAUCUUGAAGCUCUGUUGCCUUACAGUGUUUAGCUUACUCAGCCUUUUUCAUCGCAACAUUUUUAAAUCAUCUCUAUGUGCAAUAAUUUUUAGUAGCAUUAAAAUGAAAUAAAACAUAAUCUCUUGUGUUGUUCAUUCAUGUUGGUCAAUUAUAACUUGAAAUAAUCCUGAAUAUUUGGACCAGAUUUUAUACAUUUAUACAAUUUAACAUUGACAAAGUUAUUUUAAACAAUGUAUUUGAAAUGUAAUACUUACAAUUAUUGCUAUACCUUAUGUUAUUUUGAUCUUUUAAUUGGUAAAUAAUAUGAAACAACUUAUAAGAGCCAUGCUACCAAUGAUAUCAUAAACUGUAGUUUUAUGAGCAAAAUUGCCUAAGAAAAUAAGUCUAGUUUAUAGACAAAAAAUGUACAAUUCAAAUAAAUUAAAA